CAUUUUGUGUUAGUUUAAUGCAUUAUUUGGCCAAUUAAAUAUGGAAGAUGUACAAAAGCAUAGCGUCCAUACGCUAAUUUUUCGUUCAUUAAAACGCACGCACGAUUUAUUUGUGUCCAAUCAAGGCAACUUGCCUGAAAUCGACGAGAAACUCGAAAAACUGAGACGGUCAAUAAAGACGCGAGAUAGUUAUGGGCUGGUAGCACAUCGCGUGGUCAAAACGCUGGAUGGGAAGAAGUCCGACAAGGCGCAUGCCGCUGACAAACCGCUUGCUAUCACAGACGGCAGCACCACAACAACAAUUUUAUCUUCAACAUCAACGGGGACGGGUGGUGCGGGGGCAGUGGUUAAACACAAUGCUGGGGAUGCGCGCCGCGGUGCCGACAAAAUGUCAUUCAAUACCAACACAUCAUUGGUGCGUGCCUCGUUACCGAAUAGCGGUGGCAAUAAUACAAGUGGCCUCGGUGCCACAAAUUUGCAGUUGAUACCAAAGAAAGCACCGACAAUACCAAAGCCGAUGUGGCAUGCACCCUGGAAGCUUUCACGUGUCAUCUCCGGCCAUUUGGGCUGGGUACGUUGCAUUGCCGUUGAGCCGGGCAACGAAUGGUUUGCCACCGGCGCCGGCGAUCGUGUCAUCAAGAUUUGGGAUUUGGCCAGUGGCAAGCUAAAGCUGUCGCUCACCGGGCAUGUCAGUACAGUGCGUGGCCUAGCAGUCAGUGCAAAGCAUCCGUAUUUGUUCAGCUGUGGUGAGGAUCGUCAGGUUAAAUGCUGGGACUUGGAAUACAACAAGGUCAUCAGACACUAUCAUGGCCAUUUAUCGGCCGUCUAUUCAUUAGCACUGCAUCCGACCAUCGAUGUGUUAGCCACGUCGGGUCGUGACUCAACCGCGCGCAUUUGGGACAUGCGCACCAAAGCCAAUGUCCAUACCUUGACGGGGCACACCAAUACGGUGGCCAGUGUGGUGGCACAGGCCACUAAUCCACAAAUCAUCACCGGUUCCCACGACUCAACAGUACGUCUGUGGGACUUGGCUGCCGGCAAGAGCGUCUGCACGCUCACCAAUCACAAGAAAUCCGUGCGCAGCAUUGUCCUCCACCCCACACUAUAUAUGUUCGCCUCUGCCUCGCCGGACAAUAUCAAACAGUGGCGUUGUCCGGAGGGUAAUUUCAUCCAAAACAUUUCGGGACACACUGCAAUUGUCAACUGCAUGGCGGCCAAUGCCGAUGGUGUUCUAGUCUCGGGCGGAGACAAUGGCACCAUGUUCUUCUGGGACUGGCGCACGGGAUACAAUUUCCAGCGCUUCCAAGCACCCGUGCAGCCCGGCUCCAUGGACAGCGAGGCCGGAAUAUUUGCCAUGUGUUUCGAUCAGUCGGGCACGCGUUUGAUCACUGCCGAGGCGGAUAAGACCAUCAAGGUCUACAAGGAGGACGAGGAGGCUAGUGAGGAGACAAAUCCCGUUAACUGGCGCCCAGAGCUGCUUAAGAGGCGCAAAUUCUAAGUCUACGCCCAAGUCUUCUUAAGGUAUUUCCAAUAAAUAUACAAACAUACAAAUUAUUAAACAA